AUGGUAUUUGAAUCAAUAGUAGUUGAUGUGCUGAAUAGAUUUUUAGGGGAUUAUGUAGAGAAUUUAAAUAGAUCCCAGUUAAAGCUAGGCAUAUGGGGCGGCGACGUAGUACUUGAAAAUUUGAUACUAAAGCAAAAUGCUCUGGAAGAGCUCAACAUUCCUGUUCAAACAGUUUAUGGUCAUUUGGGAAAGCUUGUUUUGAAAAUACCAUGGAAGAACUUGUACGGCGCGUCAGUGGAGGCGUCUAUAGAACGCCUCUUUUUGAUUGUAAAUCCCUUGGCUGAAGUCAAAUAUGAUCCGGAGAAGGAAGAGAAGAUGGCGCUGUCGGCCAAACAGGCUGAGCUGGUGAGGGUGGAGGAGGCCAAAAAGAAAGAAGCUCAAAAAGAUGAAAAUAAAUUAGACGAGACUUUCGUCGAAAAACUGGCGACACAGAUAAUAAAGAAUGUACAAUUAAAAAUAAAGGACAUCCACAUAAGAUACGAAGACAGCAUAACAAACCCUAAAGCACCGUUCUCUUUCGGCAUCACCCUACACAAUAUAUCCGUCUAUACGACCGAUGAGAACUGGAAGCAAACCGUUAUUCAGGAAGCGGUUACGAAAAUAUUUAAGAUAUUGGAUAUGGAAGGGUUAGCUAUCUAUUGGAAUCCAGACACCGAAAUGUACUCUAAGUCGGAACCACAGGAUAUCAAGACCAGAUUACAGAAUGAGAUCGCUACAAAAUCUUCGCGACCACUAUCCUAUAAAUAUGCAUUGGGACCAAUAAACGCUACUGCCAAAUUAAAACUCAACCCUAAACCCGAAGGCGACACGCCGAAAUUUAGUAUACCCAAGGUUAUUCUCAACCUCCAUAUGGAACAGCUCGUUGUGAGCCUUACAAAGGCGCAGUACCAAGAUAUGAUGCUGUUGGCCGACUCUAUGGACAGAAUGAACAAAGGGGCACCUUAUAGAAAAUACCGUCCAAAUCUAAAAAUCUACAAGGGUCAUUAUAAACAGUGGUGGCAGUUUGCAUACACUUGCAUCUUGGAGGAGGAGGUACGAAGACGUCGUAGAAAUUGGAACUGGGCACACAUGCUUAGUCAUAGACAACUGUGCAAAGACUACGCGAACGCCUACCAAUGCAAGUUGAGCAACAAUGGCAAAGUGACCACCGAACAGCAGAGUGUUAUCGGCCAGGCUGAGAGGUCGUUGGAUUUAUUCAACUUGGUUGUUAUAAGGCAGAAGAUAGAAAUGGAGGUGGAAAGGUUGGGUAAAUUGGAGGAGGAAGCCCGCAAGACCCGCGGCUGGUUUGGCGGCUGGUUUUCCCGAGGCACCUCCAAGGACGACGAGCUCACUGAGGGCACUGCUAUAAUAAAACAAUUCGAGAAAGCAAUGACACCGGAGGAGAAAGAAAAGUUGUUCCGCGCGAUAGACUAUCAGGAGAACACGGCGCCGCUGCACCUGCCCGUGGAGUACGUAGCGAUGGAGAGCUUCUUCCACCUCGACAGGCUGCAGGUGACAGUUAACGACGUCGGGGAAGUUCUGAGGGCGUGCGUCGACCACGUGCAGUUGGAUAUGAAGCAGAGACCCAGCGCUAAUGCUCUUAGGGUUGACGUCCAAAUGCAGUCUUUUACGGUUUGGGGCGUGAAGCAAGGCGAAUUUGAACCAGAAAUGGUUACUUCUCCGGAAGUGACAAAAGAUGUCAAUUUGUUGAAUGUUGUGUUCGAAACAAAUCCUUUGGAUGGUAAGUGCGAUCAACGAGUCAAAGUAUUAGCGCAACCACUGCAGAUUGUGUAUGAUGCACAAACGGUAAUAGAGAUUGUAAACGUCUUCAAACCGCCUUCUGAAUCCACUGCUUUGACGACCUUACAAGAAGCAGCAGGCAAUAAGCUAUCUGAUUUAAAAGAAAAAUCAUCACUGGGCAUGCAGUAUGCAGUGCAGAAUCACACAUUCAUAGAUCUGGAUAUAGAUAUUGCUGCUUCAUAUAUAAUUGUGCCUCAAAGUGGAAUGUACAGAGGCAAUGAAUCAUGUGUGGUAGUAAAACUAGGUGCUAUCAGCGUUAAGUCGGAACCUCGCUCGGAAGUUUUAGAUGUCCACAAACUUUACAAAGAGGGGCUUGCAGAUGAAGAUAUACUGCGAGAGAUAACGCAUCACAGCUACGACAAAAUGGCACUUAAACUCACCGAGAUGCAGAUUGUUGUUGCUACAGCUAAAGAAGAAUGGCACUCUGCUAUUGUUUCUGAAGUUGGGACACCUAUGCAUCUGCUGCAGCCCACAAACUUAGUGAUACAGAUACACAAAUGUCUCAUCACCGAUGACCCUAGGUUACCUAAAAUAAAAGUCAGGGGAGAGUUGGAAAAGAUUGCUGUUAGUAUUUCUGAAGAUAGAUUACUUACACUAUGCGAAAUAUUAGUGAGCAUGCCUCUACCACAGUCUGAAGAAACAACUCAGUUGAAGCCUAGUGAUUCAAAGGCGUCAAGUCUAUCGUUACUGAAGUACUUGGACCCAGUCGAGAAACAAAAGAGAGAUACUGCAAGGUCUAAACAAAGGAAAAAUGAAGAACAAACUGUUCAGCUGACUGAAGUUGAAGCAUUCUUUAUUAUGAAAGAAUUGAUUCUAAGCGUAAAUCGCAAGACAGUAGACCCGUCGCAGGUUUACGAUAAAUUCCUAGUAUUCUCACUGAAACUCCUCGAGCUGACUGCCACACAAAAGACCUUUACUCUGGAGGCGACUGUCAGGCUGGGUGCUGUUAAUAUGCAGCAUCAUAGAACUGGCUUUAGCACCAUAAACAUGAUAGAGACACCAGAAGUACAGAGUAUUGAGAAUGUGGACAGCACAGACAGUGCAGUCACAACAAACAAAUAUUUGUUUGCGGUCACUUAUUGCAAUGUUGAUAAGAAAUGCCCUGAAUUCCGAAGUUACUAUGGAUCGAUUGAGCAACUGAUUGAGCUAGAUUUCACCACUUUAAGAGUUUUGCUGCAUCUCCAAGGCUUGCAAGAAAUACUCAUUAUUGUUAAUGAAUAUCAGACACGUUUGCAAGCUAUCCAAAGCAAGGUGGACAGGUAUGCAAAUGCUGGUCCCUUAGAGACGAUCAUGGAAGAUGAAGAAUUCUCUGUUGCCAAAUCUAAAGCUAGCAUUUCAAAACCAGCACGUCGUAAACAAGUGGAGAGUAUACAAUUGAAAAUAAAUGUUAAGAUUGGAGCAGUAGAGAUUGGAUUCGAAACGGAUAGGCGGCCGAUAUCCAUUGUGAAAUUACAAGGUGCCAAAGCAGGCCUCAUAUUAAAGAGUUCUUACACGCAAGUUGAUUGUACGAUCGCCUCCAUUAAAGUGGAGGAUCUCAAUCCGGAAACUGUUCAUAAGGAGAUCCUAAAAGUGCUUGGUGGAGAUGUUAUGAAUGUGCAAAUAGUGAUGUACAAUUUGGACCAGUAUCCGAGCGUGAGCGAUGUUAAUAUGUCGAUAGAGGCACAAAUAAACUGUUUACGUAUAGUUUUUCUUAAUUGGUUCGUGACAUCAAUGUUGGAGUUCAUGAAUAACUUCCAAAGCGCGCAAGCGGCGAUCAUCGAAGCUGGGUCGCAGGCGGCGGACGCGGCGCGCGCCAACGUGGCGAGCGCGUACCAGAACCUGACCAAGCUGGCGCUGCGCGUGCGCCUGGCCGCACCCAUCGUCGUUGUGCCCGAGAACUCCACCAGCCGCCACGCGCUGCUCAUCGACCUCGGCCGCAUGACGCUCAACAACAACUUUGUUGACCUGCCCGUCGCUGACGUGAGCAACAAAGUGACAGUAGACGAACUAACGCUCGAACUUGAAGAUAUGAAACUAUCGUGUGUUGUGCUCAAGGACAACUACCAGGAUGUAGCUUCCGAACGGAAGCUGUUGCGACCGACCAGUUUUAAGUUGUUCGUUAAACGUAGCCUGUCGCAGUGGUAUGAAACAUUGCCCGAUUUAGACAUUUCCGGAAGGAUGAAGACGAUAGCUAUCACGGUAGGCCACAGCGAUUACAAAAGCAUAAUGAAAAUAUUAAAUCAAAAUCUACAAGAGGGCCAGAAGAAAGCAGAAGAGACCAAAGCAGCUCAGAAUGUGCCAAAGGCUACAUCUAAAGCAGCAGUCAAAACUCAAAUUAGCAAAGUGCAAGUUAAAGCAUCUUCAACUCCUGCAACACCCACGGAAGACAAGAAACCAAGGACGACUAUAAAGUUCGCCUUUACUAUGGACAGCUUCGUCAUUGAUCUUAAGAAUACUAUAGAUUUGGAUAGCACAUUGAUCGGUAACGAUGUGGAUCUGGCUCGCUUCUGUCUCGCACUGCUCUCAGUGAAAGGACGGAUGUUCUCUGACGGUUCCAUGCACACCUCCGUUCUGCUGGUCGACUGCACUCUGGACGACACUAGGCCUGGACGAGGCGCGAAGAUUACACGGUAUCUUGAGCGUCGGCGUGAUAAAAAGGAACCACUAGUAGACCAAACCGAAGAUGCAGACUCCAUCAUGGAGGCCCAUGAUAAGAUACGCAGCAUGAUUGACAUUACAUAUACUAUGAAGAAUUCUGAUACAUUUAUCGAUAUGCGAAUAUUCAGUUUCAAUCUUAUUUUGGCGAUGGAUUUUCUGAACAAAAUCGCAGAGUUCAUGACCACCGGUCUCGCUGUAGACGCACCUGAGACGCCUACGGAUGAAGUUGAAGUCAUCAAACCUAGCGUAGAUAAGUCUGCUGACACUAAAAAGAAGGCGUCGAUUGCGACUGCACCCCAAACAACAGAGCCUCAAAAUAAUUCCAUGAUGACUUUAAAUAUAAAGAUCGAGCAGCCUGACAUUAUUCUUGUGGAGUCACUUGAACAGAAGAAAUGCGAUGCACUCGUGUUAAAUAUGGAGGCGCGGCUGAAGGUGCGGCGCACGGCGGAGCGGAUGGUGGCGGAGGGCGGCAUCUCGGGGCUGCAGCUGGUGCUACGCGCGCUGGGCCGCGCCGGCGCCGCGCGCACGCUGCUGGCGCCCGCGCACGUGUCGCUUGCGCUCUCGCAGCCGCCCGGUGCUGGUCCGCACCUCGACCUCGCCGUCUCCGACAUCAAGCUCACCGUGUCGCCCGGUCAGUACCGUCCCCGCCUGCUGCUGGCGCCCGGCAAGUGUCGCUGGCGCUCUCGCACGUGUCGCUGGCGCUCUCGUAGCCGACCGACGCCGGCCCACAACUCGACUUCGCCGUCUACGACAUCAAGCUCACUGUGUCGCCCGGUCAGUGCCCUCACCGCCUGCUGCUGGCGCCCGGCAAGUGUAGCUGGCGUUCUCGCACGUGUCGCUGGCGCUCUCGUAGCCGCCCGCCGCCGGCCCGGAACUCGACCUCGCCGUCUCCGACAUCAAGCUCACGGUGUCGCCCGGUCAGUGCCCUCCCCGCCUGCUGCUGGCGCCUGGCAAGUGUCUCUGACGCUCUCGCAGCCGCCCGCCGCCGGCCUGCACCUCGACAUCGCUGUCUCCGACAUCAAGUUUACCGUGUCGCCCGGUCAGUGCCCUCCCCGCUUGCUGCUGGCGCCCGCCAAGUGUCGCUGGCGCUCUCGUAGCUGCCCGCCGCCGGCUCGCACCUCGACCUCGACGUCUCCGACAUCAAGUUCACCGUGUCGCGCGCCGCCCGCCGCUAGUCCGCACCUCGACCUCGCCGUCUCCGACAUCAAGCUCACCGUGUCUCCCGGUCAGUGUCCUCUUCCCGCCUGCUGCUGGCGCCCGGCAAGUGUCACUGGCGCUCUCGCAGCCGACCGCUGCCGGUCCGCACCUCGACCUCGCCGUCUCCGACAUCAAGCUCACCGUGUCUCCCGGUCAGUGCCCUCCCCGCCUGCUGCUGGCGCCCGGCAAGUGUCGCUUGCGCUCUCGCAGCCGCCCGCCGCCGGUCCGCACCUCGACCUCGCCGUCUUCGACAUCAAGCUCACCGUGUCUCCCGGUCAGUGCCCGCUCCGCCUGCUGACUGGCUCGCUCACUCACUUACACUUUUUCAUUAGCGUAUUAUUGCUGGUGCUCUACGCUCUCGCUUCUCAUAUAAUAGCGCUAUUGAAUCGCGUAGUGGCAACAAUGACGAGCCGUGAAGAAGACAACGUCGAGGAGGAAAACAAAGCAAUUUUGUACGACAACCUAUGGGCUAUUCGACCAUUUCGGCCUAAUGCCUACUGGUUCUUGAAAACGGAGGAAGCGGAGGAAGCAAUCAACAUUGAUGAUGUUACAAACAAUGAAGUUGCAAAACCGCCCACGGGCGAAAUAUGCCUAUUGUCCAGCCCUUCUAUUGUGGUUUCCUUGGAGAUGGAUAUUGGUAACGAAACCAUUUCUGUACUAGUCAUGCAGGCUUCUCUCAGUGCGCAAGUUAAGGACUGGAGUUCUGAUCUGUACAUAGAGUCUACGUGGGCGAUGCAGGUGUCGUACUACAACAUCGGGCGCGCCAUGUGGGAGCCACUUAUAGAGCCUGUUGAAGUGCUCAAGGAUUCUCAGUAUAAACACGUGCCCUGGGAGCUAAAGAUGGAGGUACAACUUGAACUCUCAAUGACACAUUUUAUUUUCGAUAAGAAUGAAUAUUCUCUAGAAAAGUGA